UGCACUGACACAGAAAGGACUACGAGCCUGUGGAGGAGAUAACUAUACUACUACUACUACUACUACUACUACUACUACUACUACUACUACUACUACUGCAACUACUACUGCAGCUACUACAACUACUACUACUGCAUCUGUUGCUUAUGACUGGAACUAAGGGCUCCUCAUCAUGUUGACCCCUCAGCCCGCGGCCGACAUGGACCCUCCGCAGGACAUGGGCGGGUGGACGGAGGAGGACUUUGAGGAGAAGUGCACCUACAUCGUGAUGGACCAGCCCUCGGACGAAGACGACGAGAAGGAGAAGAGCCGCGAGGAGGAGCCGGAGCCCAGGAGGAGCCGAGCCGAGAGGUCCCUGCCCCGAAACCUGGCGCUGAAACGCAACGGAGCAGAGGUGGUCGGCGUGACCAGCACGGAGCUCAUUCCUCAGGGCACGCGCUUCGGCCCGCUCAUCGGAGAACGCUACACAGACGACGCGGUGCCCAGAAAUGCCAACCGCAAGUACUUCUGGAGGGUUUUCAAGGACGGGCGUCUGCACCACAUCGUGGACGGUCUGCAGGAGGACCGCAGUAACUGGAUGCGCUACGUGAACCCCGCCAGGUCUGCGGAGGAGCAGAACAUGGUGGCGUGUCAGAGCGGCCUGGACAUUUACUUCUACACGGUCCGACCGCUGCCCCCCGGUCAGGAGCUGCUCGUGUGGUACUGCCCCCAGCUGGCACAACGCUGCAACUACCCACCGCUGGGGCACCUGACCAACGACAACACGCUUCCUCAGACAAAGAAGGCGCAGUACAACCUACAACUGCCUAAUCUUUCGUUUUCUUUUUGGUCUUUUUUUACAGAACAGACCUCCUCCUCUCAGGACAAACCCAGCGGCAAACGUGGGCACAGCGUCUCCGAGAUCCUGCGCCGAGACGACCCGCCCAAACACAGAGCGUCGCACCGGAGACUCCCGGAGGGUCCCUUGUCCCGACCGGACGCGGCGCUCUUCCCGUUGUGUCCCCGCGUCCUCUACCCCAUCCAGCCCCUCACCCGGACGCCCCACUACCCCGCCGCCCUGCCCGUCUGCACGCCCCCGCCUCCCCCACCUCCUCCUCCUCCUCCCAAGAAACCCGCCCUGGCUCCCGCGCCGUUCCCGUACAACUCCAUCCACGAGCACCUCCUCCCCGUCCGACAGUCUUACGUCAUUCCGCACUACUCGCUCCUACCUCAGAUUUACCCUUUGUACAACGAAAGAUUGAAACCGAACCUAGCAUUACCGCAAAACGUGCUUCCUUACGACAGCUACGCGCCGUUCUUGCAUUCGCUGAGAAACAAGGAACUGUGCAAGCAAUCCCACCCCAAAGACGGCAAACACCUCAAGUGCUACCUCAAGAGCGAAACGAGUAGUUCGCUGGCUUCUCCGGUUUCCAGUGCGCUGGCAGUGCCGUCGUUGACCGCGGGGGGCGCGGGGGCUGAACCGAGGCGGGGCGAGGAGGCGGAGGGGGAGCUGAGGAGGAGCAGAGCCCACAUAGGAGGACAGGCGCUGGGCUACAAGACGCUGUCCUACCCCCUGACCCGGCAGAACGGGAAGAUCCGCUACGAGUGCAACGUGUGUGGGAAGGUCUUCGGGCAGCUCUCCAACCUGAAGGUUCAUCUCCGGGUGCACAGUGGAGAGAGACCGUUCACCUGUCAGACCUGCUCCAAGACGUUCACUCAGCUGGCCCACCUGCAGAAGCACUACCUGGUCCACACCGGAGAGAAGCCGCACCAGUGCAAGGUUUGUCACAAACGCUUCAGCAGCACCAGUAACCUGAAGACCCAUCAGAGACUACACUCGGGCGAGCGGCCGUACCAGUGCAAACAGUGCCCCGCCCGCUUCACACAGUUUGUCCAUCUCAAACUGCACCGGCGCCUGCACACGGGAGAGCGCCCCCACCAGUGCCCACGCUGCCACUGCGCCUACCUUCACUACUGCAGCCUCCAGCUACACCUACAGGGUUUCUGUCCCAUGUCCUCGGGCGUCUCCAACCCGGACGAGCUGCACCGCGUCAACUCGGAGAUCGAGCGCUUCGACGUCAGCGAGGCGGCCGAGCAGCUGGAGGCCACGGCGUCCGACCUGCACCUGAGCAAAGCCGACGUGCAGCAGCUGAUCAAGAGCAUGGAGCAGAGCGACGUUUACAAGACGCCAAGAGGGGGCGACGGCGCGCAGCAGUGUGCGCUACCCCUGCACCCCAACAGCAUCAAGCAAGAGUCCACCGCAGAGGCGUGAGAGACGAACGUGCAAAAACAAAAACAGGACUAAACCAAGACCAAAGCGAGAUUUAACUGAACUGAACUGAAAAGAGACCAAAGCAGAACUAAACCCGAGCUGAACCAGGUCCUCGAAGCCUAAAAUGAGCCUUAACAACAACAACAACUACUGUAUGUUACUGAACUAAAACAAGACCAAAACGAAACACGGACUUAAAGAGUGGGCAUUAUGCAAAAUCAAACUUUUUUUUUAGCUUUCCCGAGGCCUAUUCGAACCCUUUUACCUUAUUCUCCAUAAAUAAAAAAAAACAAAAAAUGAAAACUGUUCAGAGCAACUUGACAAACCUGAAGCGACGUGCAGAAGUUUCAUUAGUGGGACGCUUGCUGAUUGUGUUGUGAUUGCGCUCUGAAGGGGGAGUGACUUUGCGCGGGGAGCAAAGGGAGGGGAAACUCAGAGCGUCAAAAGUUAGAAGUUAAAUACCCCGCUUUUUAACCAAGACCAAAGCCAGAGUUUCACCCACAUCCUUGAAAAAUGUUUAAUGGGCUAAAACAAACUUAAGCAACAACUGCACCAAGACCAAAACUAAAACUUAACUGAAACUGAACCAGAUCUUGAAUUCUUUGUUGGAGCAAAAUGAUCCUGAACAAUAACUGCACCAGAACUAAACCAAGACCAAAGAUGGAUUAAGCCUGGAUUAGAAAACUACCAAAUAUGGACUUGAAGUAGGGUGACCAAACGUCCGUUUUUCCCCCAGACUUGUCCGUUUUUUUGCAUCCUGUCCUGGGCGUUCGAGUAUUUUUUUUUUAAAUGAUGGAAAUGUCCGGGUUUUCAUUUCCUUUCAUUGAUACCAUUAAAUUGAGCGUCUCUCGUAGCUCUCUGUGACUCAGAAGGAGCGGACAGACAAACGGUCGGUCGGUCUGCAACAUGCCGAAGUGCAAAUGCGCAUUUAACAUUGACUUGUACAAGAAAUUCUCAGUUUUCUGCCCCCGGUCGGGACAAGUGGGAAGCCAUGUGCACAAGUUGCAAGUUGAGAGUAGCUCAGUGUCGAGGCCCCACCCCCCACCCCCAGUAAGGUGUCCGAAUUUUCACAAAUGGAAAUAUGGUCACCCUACUUGAAGGCUAAAGGCCAAAGAUGAAUUUAACUCAAAUUGAGCUAAAAUUUGCUUUAAACCUUGAUUAAACCAGGACACACUAGACCUGUCUGCACACGGCGGUUAGCAUUACCAUGAUGGCAAAUCUCUGGAAUCUGAAAGUUGUGGAAAAUGCUUCUAAAGUUGUUAAGUUUGAUGUCACUUCUGGGUUCAAGGUGAAUCAAAUGAUUGGAAAAUAAUGAUCAUGUUUACAAUCUCCUUUUUUUUUAGCCCCAGCACAUCUUAUGUUAAAGGUUGUAUAGAGGAUUUUUUUAAGGGAAGUAAAAUACAGUGACAGUCCUUUUUCAAAUGUUGUGCAUGCGUGACACCACCUCUUUACUCUAGAAAUCACGGUUGUUUACAUCCAGUGCACGUUCAGAAUUACUGUUGAAGUGACCUGUCUAUAAUAUAUAUCGAAAUAUUUUAGCACCAGUUUUUAGACCCUUCAUCUUCGUCAGUCGCGCCAUCGCUGAAUCUCCAAGAAUCACCGUAUAUCCACAGUUGACAGAUUUUCAUUGUUUGUUUUUUUUGGUCAUUAUAAUUACAAGGCUGCUGCAUCUUUCAAUGACAAUUUGAAACUAAAAUUAUCAGUGAAAGAUGACAAUUUCACUGACAAUUUGAAACAAAAACAAAAAUCCUCCAUACAACCUUUAAAAAGCUACCAUUUACCAGGGCUACUAGUUACCAUUAACAAAGCGUAAGCGUAACAGAAAGUGUACAAUAUUUUAGCUAAGCUAGGCUAGGCUAGGCUAAACUAGCGUUAGCAUUAGCAUUAUUACUGAUUGGCUGUGAGAUAAACACACUGGUAAUCCAAUGUUGUGAAAAAUUAUUACUAUAUUAUUUACUUACUUAGAUUUUUUUAAUACAAACUGUGGUUGAGCAUAUGAUUUUGAAAGGUCAUUUUCUCUUGUCUGAAGAAAAAUCAACAUAAACAAAGCUAAACAUUAGCUCUUUAGUAGCUGGUUCGACCCGGAAGUGACAUCAUUUCUUAACAACCCCAUAAACUUGUGAAUAAUUUAGUUUAGUUAGGAGACUAGGAAGGCGUUGGGAAAAUAAAGAAAACAUUUGGACCUCUGAAAAAUGUACGUUAAAGAGUAAAUAUCAGAUAAUGUGCCUUUAGCUAAUGCUAAAAGCUAGAUGCUAAAGUGGAGACAAGCACUGGAAACUUGAUGGUAAAAAAAACACACAAAAAAACAAUGAAUGAAGCAUUUAUCAAAAUCACCAAAGUAAGUUACAGAGGCCUUAUAUGUUUUUUAUAUCAAAACCACCAGAACAUUAUUAUGGCAUUAUAUUUUACACUUUAUAAUAACAACACCUUAAUUAUCCAUAAUAAAGCAAGAGCAAAGACUGAAAAAAAUCAUUUAUUUCAGAAUUCAGUUAAGUAAUGAAUGCCUUAAUUACCACAAAUGCUAAUCAAGGUAUUAAUUAAGUAGUUACUAAGCCUGAAUUGUCGUGUUCCUGCUUUAUUAAAAAGGUGUAGGUGUGUAAGACUACGUUCAGACUGCAGCCUGAAGUGACCCAAAUCUGAUUUUUUGGCCCCUACAUGACCUGUAUCUGAUCUGAAUGACACAGAUCCGAUUUUUUCAAAUGCGACCCAGGACACUUGAAUAUGUGCUCCUAAAACCGAUACAUAUCUGAUCUUUUGACAUGCGACUUCAUUGUGAACGGCCAAAGCGCAUUGAUCCGACCUACACGUUAUCAACAAGCCACAAAUGUACACAAACGUUCUUCUCGUCAUAUGAAAAUUGUUAAUGAACUCCAUGUCACUGAAGCGAAGCACAUCACUAUCCCACCACUCUUGGCUACGUCUCCACAUCCACACGUUCCUUUCAACGGACUGUCCCACAAAACGCCAUGAACGCCAAAAACCUCGUCCUUCUCCUUCUCAAUCUCCUUAAAACAAAUAAGUUGUUCAUGUUCUGGCUCCGGUACGAGAGGAACUUUAAAAUCUCCAGGUGCUCAACACUGUUGGGCAAGUUACUUUAAAACUGUAAUGCGUUAUUUAUUACUCAUUACUCUCAUUUCAAAGUAAUUCGUUACAUUACAAUAUUACUGCAUUUAAAAUGUAAAACAUUACACGACUAUUGCAGCACUUUUAAGUUACUCUCACCAAAAUAACUGAGUAAAGAUGCUGAACUUUUGUGCCGUAUAUAGACUGAACCGAGGACUAAACCAGGACUAAACCA